GGUGACAGCGCGUGGCUGUCCCCGCCCCCAGCAGGAGCAGGUUGCGUCGAACUCGCUCCUCCUCUCUCAUUUGCUGCUGUGCGCUUUACAUCUUCUCCAUCACAGGAGCGCGGACAGGAUGGAGGCCCUGCUUAAUGAGUGGCUAUGGCAGGAGGAGUACUGGCUUCCUCCUGGCAUGCACUGGAAGGACUUUGAGGAAAAGGAAGAUGGGGGCAGCUUUCCUCGACCCAGGGAUCUCAUCUACACCUUGCCGCUGGCCUUCGCCUUUAUAGUCCUCAGAUAUGUCUUCGAGAGGCUCAUCGCCGUCCCAUUGAGCAAAUGUUUAUAUGUAAAGGACCGGAUUCGGAUUCAAGCCGCUUCCAUCCCAAAGCUGGAGACCUUCUACAAACAGAUCAGUCGGCAACCAUCGCAAAGUGAGGUUGUGAGCUUGGCAAAGCAGUGUGGACUCUCCCAGAGAAAGAUCCAGACUUGGUUCAGACACAGGAGGAACCAGGACCGACCCAGCAACACCAAAAAGUUCUCCGAGGCCGCCUGGCGUUUUGUCUUCUACUUCAUAUCGUUCACUGCAGGGCUCGCCUCUUUAAUUAAUACUCCGUGGUUCUGGGAUCACAGAGAGUGUUGGAGGGGUUAUCCCAAACAGCCGGUGGCCAAGGCUCAUUACUGGUAUUACAUCUUAGAAAUGGGCUUCUAUUUGUCGCUGCUUCUGAGCGUCUCUGUGGACAUCAAACGAAAAGACUUCAAGGAGCAGGUAAUUCAUCACAUCGCCACCAUAUUCCUCAUCGGUUUCUCCUACUGUGCCAACUAUGUGAGGGUUGGCACCGUGGUGAUGCUGCUGCACGACUCCUCUGACUUCAUUCUGGAGUUUGCCAAGAUGCUCCACUAUGGUGGCUGGACGAGGGUGUGCGACGUGCUGUUUGUCGUCUUCUCUCUGGUGUUCCUGGUGACGAGGCUGGUGGUGUUUCCCAGCAGAGUGAUCUACACAACCUGGGUGGUGUCUCUUGAGUUCUUCGAGCCCUUCUUUGGUUAUUAUUUCUUCAACUGCCUUCUGUUAGUGCUGCAAGCGCUGCACGUCUUCUGGGCUUAUCUCAUCCUGCGAAUGGUCUACAAGUUCAUGUUCAUGGGCAAGGUGGAGGGUGAUGAGCGUAGCGAUGAAGAGAGUGAGGUAGAUGAUGAAGAGGAGGAGCCUGAGGAAGAAGGGGAGUGCAACUGGGAGCAAAGAAAGGGCACCAUCAACUCCAAACUGGUGUCGCUGGCUAACAACUGUGUCUUGAACAACCUGACCAACCAGAGGAACAUAAACAGCAGGCUGCCCAAAGCCAGAUAGUGGAGCAGCCUUAUUCUACAUCAACCAAGCAGUACCGGAAAAAUAGGUUAUUUCCCCGACAGCCUAUUGGAGAGUACUAAUUUCUGACAUAUGAUACAUACACAUGGCUUGUGAACAUCGGUCCAUUGAUUAUUUCAGAACAAGAGAGGUCGACAUUCUGCUUAUUUUCAAAAUAAAAAAGGGCGAAGAAGCACAGAUGAUUGUAAGUCUGCUCACCCAGUGUGAGAUUAGGAAGAAAGGCCAUCCUUACUGUCACCCGUAUCACUGCAUACUGCAAAAAUAUUUGGCAAAACAAGCAGAAAUCAUGUGUUUUUUUGCAGAUUUUAUAUUUAUGCUGUUUCUUUUCAUUGUGUUAUAAUAACUUGUUUGUAAAUACACGAGGACCUGAACUGUAAUGCAAUUAAUCAUUCUUUGGUCAACAAGGAAAACAAAUAGUUUUUUUACACAAAACCCAACUGUUCUAAACUAAUGUGUGUGUUUUAAAGAGAGCAAACUAAAGCUAGAAUUGAAUAGUAAUUCACUCCCGCAGCUUUGUAUCCACAUACACGAUAAAGUUGAUUGUAUAUAGAUUAUUAAGAAUAUUGAUUGUAGUAAAUCUGUUGAUAAACCACUUUAUAUAUCUAUUUUUUAUGAGCCAUUUACUCAACAGGCAAUUUUUAUGUUGUUGUAACCUGUGGCAGAAUCUAAAAGGCUCCUGCAGAAACCUCUGAGGGACGAAUAUAAAGUGAUAUUUUUCUGUGAUAGGAUUUGGUUGUGUCAGUUACUUCUUAGAAGAGAUGUGGCGCCCUCUGGUGCACAGAGAAGAAGUAGUCUCGUAGAGAAGGCACUCCCUAUGUCUGAUUUCUUUUCUUUUUUUACAAAAAAUGUACUG